AAAACACUCAUUCGAAGCGCCAUUUAGGGUUUUUGUCAAAUACUUGUCAUUAGUUUGGGAUGAAUGCCAACAAGGAUGAAGCACAGAAAUGUGUGUUUAUUGCUAGAAAACGUUUAGUCACAGGGGAUCGUGAUGCCGCAAAAAAGUUUCUCCUAAAAGCCAUGAAAUUGGAUCCGUCAAUCAACAUAGAAGGACUGGAGUUUUUAGUAAGACCUAGGUCUCGUUCGUCUAGCACAAGAGAAGGUUCCCAAGAAAAUAGAGAUGCUGAUUCUAGCGCCGAAUCUACCAGAAAUAAGCAACCGGAUAAGGAGUUUACGAAGACCCAAAUAGAUUCCUUGAGGAAAGUACUUGCUUGCAAAAAUUACUACGAAAUUCUUGGAGUGUCGCGAACUGCAUCAGACGAAGAAAUUAAGAAGGCUUUUAAACUUCAUGCCCUCAAGUUUCAUCCUGACAAAAACAGAGCCCCGGGUGCAGCAGAAGCGUUUAAAAAGAUCAAGAAGGCAUACGAAGUGUUGACAGAUCCGGAAAAACGUCAGCAUUAUGAUCAAUAUGGUGCGGAGGAAGAGCAAAUAAGGUCUCCUCAAGUUCAUCGGCACGGGGACACGUUCUUCCAAUAUGAUGCUGAUGUCUUCACCAUGUUUUUCAACGGGGGAUUUCCGUUCUCACAAGUCUAUCGUGAUCAUCGCCACCGACCUCAUAGGUCACGAGAAUCAGAACGUGAAAGUAACUACUUCGUAUACGUCCAGUUGAUUCCGCUGAUAAUUUUGUUUGGCCUGUCUUUCUUCAGUAAUCUUUUUGUAAAGGAUCCGUACUUCAGCCUAACCAAAACGAACAAAUACUACAUGGAACGUCAUACUGGGACACAUAAAGUACCUUAUUUCGUCAAGAAAACAUUCGAACAAGACUUUUCUGGCAAUAUUAUUCAUUUAGAAAAUCAAGUAGAAGAAGAAUAUAUCAGCAACCUUCGAUUCCGAUGUUUCCGUGAAAAAGAUUAUAAGGAGAAUCUCUUAUUCCGUGCUAGAUAUUAUGGUGAUGAUGCUAGUUACGAUAGAGCUAUGCAGCUUCAUAUGCCAAAUUGUGAUCGUCUAUCAGAAAUAUUGGCUACAUAAUAUAAUAUUGUUGUGUGUUGUGCAUCUUGUCAUAACUAGCUGUGAAAUUAUUUUUCCCCUGUUCUAUCACAAUACGUAAUCAUUUAAAUUCUCGGCUAAUCAGCCGUUAGUUCAUACAGCAUACACCAAUACCAUAACCUAAAGAAUGGCAAAUAAUCUUUGUUUCUUAGUGACUAAAUAAUUAAAUAUCUCCAAUUUCUUUUCUUAAUUAUCUAGAAGUCAUUUAAAACUAAUAUGCUUCAUAAACCUAUCUUAAGUAAUUUCUUGUAAUCUGUAUAUAUCUCUACAAGAUAAAGGAAAUUAUUCACGUAUGUAUAGUUUCUUGAGCCAAGUAAGUAGUCAACGUUUUAGCAUUCAUCUUUUCACGUCUUUGUGACAAAAAUGUGACUUGAUGUUUUAUAUUAAAAAUCACAUGUGAUAAAUAACACCUGUUGGACUUCUCAAUGAAUCGUAAGCGUAUAUUGCCCUACUUUUAUUAAGAUUUCUGAAUCAUUUUCAAUGACAAAAUAUAUGUUUAAAGUGUUUUCACUUUGCCUUUCUGAAUCUUCUUAUUUCACUAUGUUUUGUACAAGAACCAGAGCAUAGACGCUAUUCGUUUGUUGUGAUUUGAAUGGUUUCAAUGCAUAAUUAUUGAAGGAUUUAUCAUAAACUUUGUUUUUUUCGUGUGUGUGAUAGCGGAGGUGCAUGCUCAGUCAUUGUGAAAACUUUAUACUUAGUUAAGUAUAACUUGCAGUUGUGAAAUUCUUUCCGUUGAUUAAGAUCUUCAAUAUUGAAGAUACUAAAGUAUACCUACAGAGUUACAAUAACGUAAUUUAAUUUUUAAAGUGGAAAAACAAAUCACUUCUAGCUAUUUACCUAGUAUUAAAUAAUUAUAUUUGGAUUCAUAUGUCUCAA